UUCCGACGGUCGAGCUGCUUUCGAGUCCCUCGUUCGGCUGUCGCCGUUGGGCGCAUUAUUAAAGGCUCUGGCCCCGCUCUGUUUUUUCAACGUCCGUUAUUUUCCGGUCUCUGCGCUGGUGGUCCUUUCUCACUCGGAAGCUCUCGUCGUAGACAUCGAUGGUCGUCAUCCUCCUGACCUGAACAUCAUCAUCAUCAUCAUCAUCAUCAUCAUCAUCAUCGCGACUUGAGGUCCCGGUCUAACUGCGCAGUAAACAAUUGGUUAAACUGAUGGCCAUGAAUCGGGGGGACAUAAGGGAGGACACGAUCACCGAGCCCUUACUCCCUGGUCCUGGUGGAGGUCGGCGAUGGCGGCAGCAGCAGCGAGAGCAGCAGCAGCAGCGAGAGCAGCAGCAGCAGCGAGAGCAGCAGCAGCAGCGACGGCAACAACAACUUUCCGGCGCGUACAUAUCACCCAUCUCCCCGUCGAAGGAAUCAAUGCCACGAAUUAAGACGGUUCAGUCGUCUCCAGAUCUCAUCGAGAGUCUCGACUACGAGAUCAUCGAAAGCGGGCUAUACAGGGACUAUCUGGUGAAGCGCACUCCAUCAGAGCAGUUUUUGUACUACUCGCUGCGAUGGAUAUUCGCACUGUUAAUUGGUAUCAGCACGGGGCUUAUUGCGUUUCUCAUCAACUUGUCCGCCGAGAACAUUUCAGGUCACAAGUUCAUGCGAACGACCAACCUGAUUGCUUCCCAUGGCCCUUUGGUGGCAUUUCUUUUCUACACGGGUGUGAACGUUGGCCUCAUCUUAAUUGCGUCUUACCUUUGUGCUUUCAUUGCUCCUGCUGCCGGUGGCUCCGGUAUUCCAGAGGUCAAGGCUUACCUCAACGGCAUUGACACCCCACACAUCAUGAGCAUGAAGACCUUUGCUGUUAAGGUGCUUGGCAGCAUAGGCUCUGUUGCAGGGGGCCUUGCGGUUGGGAAGGAAGGCCCUCUUGUCCACACAGGUGCUUGCGUCGCUUCUAUCCUUGGCCAAGGCGGUUCUCGCAAAUAUCAUCUUACCUGGAAAUGGCUGCGUUUGUACAAGAACGACCGGGACCGGAGAGAUCUUGUGUCCUGCGGAGCGGCAGCUGGCGUGGCUGCGGCUUUCAGAGCUCCUGUCGGAGGAGUCCUGUUUGCAUUGGAAGAAGCCGCAACUUGGUGGAGGAGCACUCUUCUGUGGCGGGCAUUCUUUACCACAGCUGUCGUUGCUGUCGUUGUUCGAGAGGCUAUGGAGUGGUGUAAAACAGAUCGUUGUGGGGUUUUUGGGGGCGGCGGUUUCAUUAUCUUUGACAUAAGCGGCAGUUAUAUCAAUUUUGGCCUCAAAGAGCUUGUUCCGGUGGUCAUCAUCGGUGUGGUUGGUGGGUGUCUUGGCACCUUGUUCAACGCCAUUAACGAGAAAAUAUCCGUAUGGCGGCGCGACAUUUUGGGAAAGGACUUCCCUUGGAUUCGAGUGGGGGAGGCGUGCCUGGUCGCCCUGUUGACCUCAAUUGUGUCCUUCUGGAUUCCUUGGCUUGGGCCCUGUAAAAAGUGUCCGGCGAACGAGAAUUUUAUUUGCCCAUCGGCGGAGCACAUUGGAAAUUUCAAGCAGUUCCACUGUCCCGACGGUCACUACAGCGACCUUGCUGGGCUUCUCUUCAGCACCUUCGACGAUGCCAUUCGGAAUUUGUUCAAAGUGCAGUCGCACAGCGAUUUCUCAUUCCAUGCCCUGUUCAUUUUCAAUGUCUGCUUCUUUCUUCUUGCGGUCUGCACGUAUGGGACCAUGGUGCCUUCUGGACUGUUCGUGCCCGCCAUCCUGAACGGUGCGACCUACGGGAGAGCUGUCGGGAUGGUGAUGAAGACGUACUACGGAGUGGAAUCGCAGAUUGACGAGGGCACAUAUGCCGUUCUGGGGGCGGCGUCGUUUUUGGGCGGGUCCAUGCGGAUGACGGUCUCUCUGUGUAUAAUCUUGCUAGAGCUGACGGGUCAAACGAAGGUCCUACCGCUGGUUAUGCUCGUCCUUCUCAUUUCCAAGACCAUAGGAGAUAACUUCAACGAGGCAAUUUAUGAUAUUCACUUGCGGCUGAAGAGGAUUCCUUUCUUGGAGCCUCGCCCUGACGAAUUUAUGCGACAUCUCCGAGCGAGGGACUGCAUUUCGACAAAACUCAUCUCUUUCAAUGCUGUCGAGAGGGUGGGGACUAUUUUUGAAACCCUGGCCACGUAUCCGUAUAACAGCUUCCCUGUCCACGAACUGCUCCCGAACGGGCAGUCCAGUUUCCAAGGCCUUGUGCUCCGCAACCAUCUCCUCGUGUUGCUGAAGAGCAAGAAGAGUUUUCAGGAGUCGUCGACUUGCGAGCCAGAACGACAUAAGCGAGCAAUCACAUCCCACACGCUCAUAGAUUUCGGCAAACCUGGCACGGGACGCGGCAUGACGCUCGAUCAGAUCACCCUUGAUGAUGUAGAGAUGAACAUGUACAUUGAUUUACAUCUCUUUGUCAACUCCUCGCCGUACACGGUCUCGGAGAACAUGAUGCUGUCCAAAGUCUAUACGUUAUUCCGGCAGCUAGGACUGCGGCAUUUGUGUGUCGUGCCGAAGCCUUCGAAGAUUGUCGGGAUCAUCACGCGGAAAGACCUGCUUCCGGAAGUGUUUGAAGAUCGCAAGCUGUCCCAUCGACUACAUAAGGAAAGUUUCGUCUACUGAGAAACUUGUACUUGUCUACGGAAGGAAGGUAGGCACAACACUGUCGAUACGUUGGUUGGAGUCUUGUUGGUUUAGGGAUCAUCGUAGAUGUAAUUUCUGUGCUGUACAUCGGUUUGUGGGGACCACCUGGAUCGCUUUUCGUUCCUCCCCUAUUGUUUUCCGAGUCGCCAAACUUUUACAAUUAAUUUAGUUCGAGUUCGCUUCGGUGAUCGAAUCGAAUUCUGUUCGCGUGCUGGAAGCGCUGUCCGCUUACAUUUCUUGCUAUCUUCCUUUCUGAGUUUGUGGUGCAAUAUGUGCAUUUGUAGAGCUGCUCCUCACAUUCAAACAACAUUGGAUGAAAGAUUUCUUGUGCGAUUGUGAUGGCGAUUUCCAUAUUUCCAUUCAUGAUGGCUCUCAGAUUCGUCGUUCAUUGAUUGGUCUCAGCUCAGUUGCUGGGAAUGAGUUUCAACAGAUGUUUGUGUCAUCGGAAGAAUGUCCUUUGGGGGAUCAUUUCAGUCUUUUUAGAAGGAAAAAUGUUUAGGAGCUCUGAUGCUCUUCAUUCUCGAGCUGGUUAUUGUACCAGUGGCGAGGAAAAGGAUGGCAUCCUCGUGCUGUCAUCUAGAGGCAAAGGACAGCCACAGGGCUUAUGUCCGGCUGAUUAUUGAUUCUUAGUUUCAUUUUUUUUUCCUGCAGAGAACAGUGUGAAAGUCCAGUGGCGAGGAGAGCAUACAUGGCGCAGCCCUAUCCUGUCAUCUAGGGGCAAAGGGGCCCCACACGGUUUACGUUUGGCUCUUUAAUGUCCAGUCACGGUACAGUAGUUUCUUCUCCGAAGAAGUCUGAAAGUUACUCUGUGUUUUCCACAUGCCUCUGCAUUUCUUUGUGUAGCGUCAGAUGAUCUUGUCUACUUGCGUCUUGACUUGCUUAAGUUUGGAUUUUUUUUUGUUUUUUUUUUAUAGGUAUUUUUAUUAUUUAUUUAGCUUUUGAGUUGGGUAGGAUUAUUAACUCGUGGCUGCGUCUUGGCAAUUAGUCGAUUGGCGAAGUGAGAAUUGACUGCGUGUACGAAUUCCCUUUCAAGUUUGGACCACGAGUUGGGGCUUUGGUUGUUGCAGUUGCCGACGCGUUGCUCUCUCUCCUUCAGACAGGACAGGAUAGGAUAACCCGUUUCGUACAAGUUGGCCCCAUUGGAGCUCCUCCGAGAUAGGCGAACGAGUUGUGCCUGCAUGCGUGCGUUCUGCUCUGCAACAGGCAGGCAAUUGUCCUCAAAGUGUGGGGCUUCUUCGGCAUCUCUUUUCUAUGGAAAAGCGGGCCCCGGGUCGUACUUGCCGUGGCGAAAGCACGCUGGUUUCAUGCGAGGGUUUGUGAGGGUGAGUGUGUGUUCUCUCCUCCAGCAAGCGCAGAGUUUUUCGCAACUGCUUUACGGCAUCUCGUGGAAGACCGCAAGCGGUUGAUGAACAUAGCACAGGUGUUGCUUUAUUUAAUUUAUUUAUGUUUUACUUUGCGAGCUUAGAAAAGGAAGAGGACCUUGUAGGACUUGGCCUUUACGGACUGCUGUUUCCUUAGCUGUUGGCACAUGAUGGGGGGGGGAGGCAGUAGCGCGUUAUCCUUUUAGGAGUUUGACAGAUGACGGUGACGUCUCAUUAUCGCGGUACUCGGUUGCAGGUUGUGCACAGAGGCCUCGUUUGUUGCGGAGAAGGGUGUUUUCCAGCAGGGAAAAGACGAACACCGGACGUGUCAUCGUGGAAAAGUCAGUGACAUCUCAUUAUCGCGAUUCUCGGGUGCAGGUUGUGCACAGAGGCCUCGUUCGUUGCGGAGAAGGGUGUUUUCCAGCAGGGGAAAGAUGAACACCGGACGUGUCGUCGUGAAAAAGUCGAGUGCCACGAAACUGCAAGAGUCGGAAGUAUCGCUGUCACCAUUGAUCUGCAAGAGUCCGAAGCAUCAGUGAUCGUUGAUGAUCUCCUGAACAAGGAGAUUAUCAGCCAUUGGAACUAGGCAGGGAGGGGAGGAGGGGGGGGGGGGGGGGGGGCCGAAGACAGCCUGUGAAAAAUAGCUUCUGGCCUGUUGAGCCUGACUGGGGGAGGAAAGCAGCACUGUGCAAAGGGAGGCAAGCGAACUGGCUCCCUUGUGAAUACGUGCGUUAAGACGGGAAAUCCCAAAAGGUGAGUGAGGGUGAAGAGGUCAAACGGGGUAGAGGAUGUGAAUAGUCCUGUCCUAUCCUACAUUCCUACAUAGCCCCUCGCUCCGCUGCACAACACUAUACACAAAUCUGGACAGACUGUUGACUACAUGCGUUUGGUCUUAUCCAACAUUUGGAAUGAAUUGGUACAAUUAUUAGGUUCAGAUGCGUUUUUGUACGAGCUUGUGCAGUGGAGUGAGGCCCAUUGUAAGAGGUGCUCACUACUUUGGGUUGUGUGGGUUGAAGCGGGGAUCUUGCUGGUCCUCGGGUGUUUAAGAAUGUCGAGACGGAUUUGUUGUUGUGGAUAACUUGUCAACGACACUUGGCUGAAGCACAUUUGUAUCGUAUCAUCUCUCUCUCAGCCGAUUGCAGUAUUCGAUGUGCGUGAUGGCUGUCUGAUCGCUCUUGGCGUUGGCCAACUUGAAAAGAAAAUUGUUGCAAUAUUUGAUAACACUUGCUUGGACAUGAAAUACUGUGACAUUCUGUAAGAAUUUUUUUUGCCACGUGGCGGUUUUCUUACACCGUGCAAUCCCAAAGGUGUGCGCCGUUUGGGAAUUUUGGAGGUGUCAUCCAGUGCCGUGGAG